CUCUCUCUCUCUCUCUCUCAUCUGCAAGCAAUCUCUCUCUCUUCCAGUCCCAAAUCUCUAAUGGGGAACCCACAAUCCUACCCACCCGCUGAUGCUUCGGGCACCAGCUAUCACUCACACAAGGUCUUCCUCCUCUGCAACUACAUCCUCCUCGGUGCUGCCUCCAGCUGCAUCUUCCUCACCCUCUCCCUCCGCCUCAUCCCCUCACCUUGCGGCCUCCUCCUCAUCUUCCUCCAUGCCCUCACCAUAAUCGGGGCCGCCACCGGCUGCGCCGCCUCGCCAGGUUCCACCAAGUGGCACGCCACCCACAUGGUGGCCACCGUGCUCACAGCCAUCUUCCAAGGUUCCGUGGCCCUGCUUGUGUUCACCAGGACGUCGGACUUCCUCGGGGAGCUGCGCUCCUAUGUGAGGGAGGAGGAUGGGGAGGUGAUACUGAAGAUGGUGGGUGGUCUCGGGGUGGUGAUCUUUUGCUUGGAAUGGGCGGUCCUGGCCCUGGCUUUUGUGCUGAGGUACUAUGCCUAUAUGGAAGGGGACUCGGGGAGCAAUGCUGCCAUGAGGAGUGCCAAGGUGCAGCAUGAUGAGGAGAUGAAGGAUUGGCCAUGGCCCUUCCAAGUCUAACUCACUGAACAAGGGGGAAGAAGAUGCUCCUUCUGGUGUUGCAGAGAAGAAUUAGAGUCUUUGGGUUGAUGGGUUAUAUAUUAAUGUACAUUGGGGAAUGAGUCUUCACAUCAUAUAUCUUCUCAAAUUAAUUCGUUUAUUCAUAUUUCUAUUGGCUGCUACAUAAGCAUUGCUUCUUGAGUGUAGUGAAGUUUGUUCGAUUUUUAUAUGUGAUUGGGGUACAGAUGAUUUUUUGUUC